UGACGUCAGACUAGAUCUUGGUAAACCAUUACCACCAGCACCUGGUAAAAACAGUUGUUGAUAAUACAGGAUGAAGUAGAAGAUUCCAAGUAUAAUAUCAUUUAUUAAGAUCAGGAAUACAAUUUAAAAAAAAAAAGAGUGAAAGAAAACAGGAUGUCUUAACCAGGUUCUUUCACCAGUUGCAACCACCAUGUAUGUGAGUUAUCUUUUGGAUAAAGAAACCAGCAUGUAUCCAGGAUCCGUAAGGUGCAACAACAACCUACCAGUGCAAAAUUUUGUCUCGACUCCAUCCUAUUCAGAUUACAUGGGAUAUCAUCAUGUGCCAAGUAUGGACAACCAUGGACAGUCUUUGGGAGCUUGGGGAUCUCACUAUGGCACGCAAAGGGAAGACUGGAAUACUUAUGGCCCAGGACCCUCCAGCAUAGUUACUGCUGCACAAAUCAAUGGCUCGUCUCCUGGGCAGAUCUCCUACAGCUCUACUGAUUACAAUUCCCUGCAUUCUGCUGGAUCUGGAGUUUUACCUCCUGUAGAUACAAUUAACACAGAGCAAAUCUCUCCCAACAGUCAAAGGCACAGCUCUUAUGAAUGGAUGAGAAAAACGCAAUCUACCAGCUCAGGUAAAACAAGAACAAAAGAAAAGUACCGAGUUGUUUACACAGAUCACCAGAGACUAGAAUUAGAGAAGGAGUUUCAUUGCAACAGAUACAUUACAAUAAGGAGGAAGUCUGAGCUUGCAGCAAACCUGGGACUAUCUGAGAGACAGGUGAAAAUCUGGUUUCAGAAUCGCCGAGCCAAGGAGAGGAAAAUGAUCAAGAAGAAAAUCUCUCAGUUUGAUGGCAGUGGGGGCUCAGUUCAGAGUGACUCAGGUUCAGUCAGCCCAGCUGAGAUGUCUAACUCUCUAUUCCCGCCACCACAUGCAGUAAAUGGAUUACAGCCCAUUGAGAUACAGCAGGUCAUAGUCUCAGAAUGAACAGGAGAAAGUGAAAAGGAUUCAUCUUUUUUCUCCCCUUGAAAUGUCAAUUUUGUAAAGGACAAUUCUCAUUCAACUUGUUUCAGACUGCUAGCUGUCCUGCACAGGAACUAGGACUGUUUUCAAAAUUUUAUAAUCAUUGCAGCUAUCUCAGGGAACCCUUGCUGCUAAAAUUCAUCAUUCAGAAAACUUUGAGUAGGAGAUAAUUUUGCUUCAGAUACUGACAGAGUGAAACAACUGAAAACUCAGGUGAAGGUAGUUCUAGUCUGUUUAUAUAUUGCGGAAAAAUUGUUGCUGAACUGAUUAUAAUGGACUAAUAUACCAGGAAAUGUAUGAUACUGGGUGUAUUUGCGCAUUACUUUUUAAAAAUACAACUAGAGUAAAUUGUAGCUGUUUACAAAAUGUUCAGAUUUAGACUAUCAAAUGCCACCUUUUGAAA